GUUUGUCUACAUGCGCUGGCCCAUGUACAUGUGCUAUUUGCACAUUUCGGAACUUGUUUUCCAACAAUUUAUCUACGUCACGCAUGCAUGUCAUGUGAUCAACGUCACAUACCAACACAAUUUAGUCGUAGCUGUUUUUCUUUAUUAAAGUUGAAUUGAAAAUGUCGGAAAUGAAAAAUAUGUCAACUGAAAUAAUUAAGGAGAACUCUGGACAGUUGGUAAAUGUGGAGUUCGUUCCCCCUGACAUUUUGAUGACAGAAGCCCAACGAAGGAUGAUGGAAAUCAUCAUCGACAUGACAUUUAAUUUUAUCAUCGCUUUCAUCGGCAUUUUCUCAAACGUUAUCGUCAUAACCGUCUUCACUAAACAAGGGUUCAAGGACAGCGUCGGUAUCUCCAUGACAACCAUCGCCGCCUGGGACCUGGUCAAGAGUCUGGGGGGCGCCAUGCAAAGAAUGGCCGGCCCUAUCGGGAUCUGGUCCCCGUCCAGCGCGGCCAGCUGGUCCAACAUCAGCCUGGUCAUCUUCAACUACCUGGUCUCCUUCUCCACCUACGUGGCCAGCGUGCUGGCCUCCUAUGUGGCCGUGGAGAGGUGCCUCUGUGUCACCAUGCCCCUCAAGGUCAAGUGGAUGCUCACCCCCAAGGUCUCCUUCAUCGUGUGCGGCGUCAUCUCCUUUGUCGUCUUCGGCUGCUUCGCUGUCAUUUUCGGUAUCUACGACGUGGUGUGGGUGUGGGACCCCCGCUACAACUCCACCAUCGCCGUCUACCAGUACAACGCCUUCUCCACCAGCCACAGCGCCGAGCUGUUCGGCUACUACAACCUGUCGGGCACGCUCUGGCCACUGGCCAGUCUUGUCGUCAUCGUCGUCUCAGCUCUCAUCAUCUCUACCAACCUACGGAAAGCUUCGAAAUUUCGCAACCAGUACAACCACGGGGGGACAACCCACGCUAAACCGAUGUCGACCCGUGACCAAAAAGUGGUGAAAAUGUUGCUGGUAAUCAUCGUGCUGUACAUCAUCAACCUGAGCCCGAGGUGCGCCCACUACCUGGCCAAGUACUUCAUACGAGAGUACUACUACCUCCGGCAGUACCACAACCUCGCCUCAGCCAUGGCAUACAUCGUCUUUUUCUUCGACUACCUCAACGGUGCCGUUGGCUUGUUCGUAUUUCUCUCCAUGAGUUCUUCCUUCAGAGCCACUUACAAACAAAUGUUUCCUUACUGCUCGUGUAACCGUGGGAAGUAG